CUCGCCGCCUAGUGUCUCUCUGGGAGUCGACAGCACCACAAAUCAAACUCACCCAGUGCCCGGCGGAGAGCGAGAGGAAGAUGAGAAACAGGGAGGCGAACGCGGAGUGAGUAGCUGCCAGGACUCCGACGGGCUACGACGGAGCACGCUCAACAGACGACAGUCUCUCUGUUUCCCACAGAGCGUGAUUAUGACAAGGCUUCUGAACAAGACCGGAGAUGAAAUUCGCUCAGUUUCGGCGACCCCCUUCUCCCUGUGAUCACACCAGUCCGCCUGUGAGCCGCAGGGCUUCGGGAGUGUACUGGACACGGGGGAGCACAGAGCAGAGUCACACCAGCUGAAGUGUGAGUUGAAGGAAACGGGCUCUUUCUGUAGUCUUCUUCAAAUCUGCUAGAGGUCUGCUAGAGAAAGGAAAGGUGAUCCUCGCCAUGAGGGCUGUCUCAGCAAACUUGUUCGCCCUGCUCAUCCUGUGCGCCCUCGCAAGUGUUUUCUACGUCUGGAGCGCACUGGAGGAGCGUUUGGAGCGGCACAAACGGAGGUUUCCCAAUCCGGGCGCAGGGUCUUUUCACCAAGGUCUCCCCGUGGAUCUCUCCGCUAAAACUUUCCGGGCAUUGCUUGCCGUGCCAGCGGCACAAAGACCGCACUUGGGGGGCAGACUCGAGGCUCGCAACCUCACCGAUCGACCUGACUCUGCGGGAAGUCGAGAUUACCAUGUGAAUGGGGAUAACAAGGGGUCAACGCGGCGGGCGGGCUCGGUCAAGUUGGGCUCCCCGGUGGAGAAUGGGAUAUUUUGGAGUGGGUGGCUGGAAGAUUUCCUCCCCGCGGGCUUCACGGAGGGAUAUGCCCGGGCAUGGCGCGAGAGAGCGAGGACGUACCGGGUGGUGAAGCUGGAGCCUGGAUGCGGCAGGAUAUCCAAUCGGCUCGCUACUUUUGCGGAUGGCACCAAAGCGUGCGUGCGUUACGGGAUAAACGCGGAUCAGGUGCAAGGCGAAACUUUGACGUAUUACCUUGCCAGUUUGCUUGGCAUCACAAACGUGCCUCCUUUAAUACUCUCCCAGCUGAACAGUGAUAGUGAGCAGUGGGCGGCCGUCAGGACGCAGAUAGACGGCUUACAUUGGAGUGACCGAGCCGUGGUCUCUCUCACCGAGUGGAUCUCCAACCUGACCGGGGUGGUAACACCUGCGCCGCUCAGACAGGAGAGCGCCGGGUUGCACCCCGUGCUGGAGGAGCUCUGGAACAAGACCACACCGCAACUGCUGGAGCUGAUGCAGUGGACCGACCUGGUCGUGUUAGACUACUUGACUGCAAACUUCGACAGACUCGUCAGCAAUCUGUUCAGCCUGCAGUGGGAUUCGCGUGUAAUGGAGAGGGACACCAACAAUCUCCUGAGAACAGCGCAGGGUGACCUCAUAUUCAUAGACAACGAGGCCGGACUCGUGCACGGGUUCCGGGUGCUAAACAUGUGGGAGAAAUAUCACAAUACGGUCCUGAGCUCCGUGUGUGUGUUCAGAAAACGGACCGCGCAGCGCGUGGCGGAGCUGCACAGGCGCAGAGACUCCAGGCAAAAGCUGCUGGAGCUUUACAGGGACAGCGAGCCUUUGUCUCAGGAAUUAGGAUUUCUCUCCGACGAGCACGCCGGCAUCCUCCAGGACAGGAUAGACAGAUUAUACAAACACAUUAUACACUGCAGAGGAAAGUACAGCCAGCUGUGACCAGUCAGCGGGUACAGGUGACGGAAUCAUGAGCUUUGCAGUGGGGACUGGCACAUACGUGCAAAACUGGGGCGCAUUAUACAAAACUGUCUCGAAUAUCCAGCUGAACUACCUCUUUGUGAAUAGAAUGUGUUGCCUACUUUAUAAAUGAGUACAUUUGACACACGUGUUUAUAAGCAUCCUGCUCAGCUUUCUGCUGUAUGCCUCACUGAUAGGAAUGAUAAAGGUCAGUCUUAUAUAUCCUGUCUUACAUCACUCCACUGACCUGGUUAUGGAUAAAUGUCAAGAGCAGGUUAUGUUUGUGACUGGGCUAUCAUAACCGACCCUUCCUGUGCGUUCGGAUUCUUGCCUUGUGUUCUAUAAUCCCAAUGAUAAACUCCUAAGCCUUAACAUAAGUUGACUCUUGAAUUCUGUAUUUCUUGUUGACACCUGGCUCGCUUUUAUAUAUAUAUACACACAUAUAUAUAAAAUCGUUUGCACACUUUGUCACAGUCAGCCCCUGCACUCUUGUGAUUGUGUUUGGAUUGCAUAUUCAGCCUUAAAGUCACAGGCGUAUCAUAUCCAUUGUGCAUUUGGUAAACGUUGUAAAUAUUGUUCUGUCAACCUGUUUUUGCAAAUUUGAUGCGGAACUAAUUUAAUGUGCAUUGUAACAUUCCAAAACAAACUCUUGUCCUUUUUGAUAAACAUAAUUUAACUUA